UUUUGCCUGAGCGCGUGCUUGCGUACGUAUCGGCCGGAUGACGCCUUUCCGUUUUUACGUUCAAACAUGGCUGCGUCUAUGAUUGUAGGAGAAGCACACUAAAUCCUUAUUGACCAUGUCAAGAUUUCAUCAAACCGGCACUAAAUCACUUGAUUAAAAUUUUAGAAAUACACAAAGAAAUAUGGCAGGAGAAUUAAAUCUAAACAAUGAGGUGGUGAGGAUGAGGAAGGAGAUCAAGAAGGUCAGGGCUCUGAUCAUCCGCAAGCUCACCAGACAGAUCACGUCGCUCAAGAAUAAAAAGGGAACAGAGGCUGAGGUUCAGAAGAACCAGAGACGAGUGGCUAGACUACAGGAGGAAAUCAGUAAGAUGAAAACCUUAAAACCUGACUAUGUGACCAAGCUUGCUCUACAGAAGAACCUCAACUUUGAAAAAGUUUGCAAAGAUACCAAAUUGACCUUAGAGGAUCGAGCAAUCGCACGAAUCGCGACUCAUCCUCAGAUCAGCAAGAAGAUUGUUGACAUAAAAGCUGCAAUCAAAGCAUUUCAGGAUGAGCGUAAAAAACCUCCUGAGGGAAAAAAGACUCAAGUUUCAGUGAAACCUGUUAAAGACCCCAUAACACCAGGUAGUUUGACAAAAAACAUCAGUGAUAAAGAACAACACAGUAGUGAGGCUGUAAAAUGUCAGGAUAUUGAGGUCAAGCCAUCUGAUAGGACAUCCAGUUUUAUGAAACCCCUACUUCACAAAACUGAAAAUUUGACUACUUUAGAAGGAAGCAACGUUGAAAUUCACCCUGACAGAAAUGUAGAGACUGUUGCCAAUCAAGAAAAUACCUCUAAAAAUAUCCAGUCAACUACGACUUUGCUAAAAGCUGAUACAAACAGCACAGAAGCAAUGAAGGAACCGGCAAAAAGCAAGCAAGAAAGUAUAUCCUGUACUACGGAAUGGAAGAAGAAAGAUGUGGAGGAAAGUGACCUUGAUGAGUCUGACGAGGACGAGGAGAAGGAGUACUUUGACGACAGCACAGAGGAACGCUUUCACAGGCAGUCGUCCCAGUCGGAGGACAGUGAUGAUGAUGACUUCUUCCUCGGCAAAGUCAGCAAACUGCGGAAGAAGAAACCAGAGUCGGGUUUAGGUGAGAGCUUGAAGAAAGCGGCCACGUCUGCAGCUGAACCUGAGAUGGAGGCAAAGGAACAGACUUGCGGUGAGAAGAAGGAUGGCCAGGCGUCCAAAGCCCUGAAGCUCCAGUCUGCGUUCUGCAACAGAUUGUCAGGAUCCUCCUCUAAAGGUCCUGGUGGAAAAUCAAAACCAUCCAAGUUCCAAAAGGCCAUGGCUCCCACUGGGGGGAAUUCAAAACUGUCCAGGUCUGAGAACCAGAAGGGGGACCCUGACAAAAGAUCACUGCCUUCCAGACACGUCAGUAAGGAUAAUGCUGGUCGACGUGGCAGCCUUCGACCCUGGGAAAAGGGACCAGGUCCCGGCAAGGAGAGACCAAAGUUCGAGAAGCAAAUGCAGGGCAGAAGCUGGGCGACAACGGUUCCCCGUCCUUCCCAGAAUGCACCACAGACUCUGCAUCCGUCCUGGGAGGCGAGCAAAAGACGGAAAGAGCAGCAAGCUCAACUUACAGCUUUUCAGGGGAAGAAAAUCAAAUUUGACGACUAAUGAUUUUGUUUUUCAUUUUUUUUAUUAACAAAAAAAAUUGAUUUGUUGCAAGACUAGUUGUACAUCCAGUGAUCCAGUUGUGGAAUUAUAUAAGCAUGUGAAGGUGAUUGAUAUUCUGUAUGUGAUACUGCUUCAGCUGAACACAUAACGUGACCAACCAUUAUGGUAUAGCUAAUUAUCAUUAAAUAUACUUAUCUGCUGCCUUUAUGAAA